CGUUGUUUCUUCAGCCCGACGAAGGAGUUUUAUUAUUUGAGCUGUUACCAUAGUCACAAAAAGGUUCUACACUCUGACAGGAUGAAAUCCGGUCAUCCUCCAUCGAAAUUCCGUGCUGAUAAGUUGCAAUUUACCCACGGUGUCAUUACGGUUCUUCUCGUAAUGUGCGUGGGACUUCCAUCUAUAUGGCAUUGCGUGAAAUUGGGAUAUGACGGAAUAGGAAUACGGAUUCAACAUUUAUGGGAGAAAGCUCUCGAUUGGGUUGGGGAUGACACUUUUAAUCUCUACGUUUAUGGGUUGAACGGUUGGAACAUUGUCUUGUACUGGACGGUCGGAUUGGCCCUUUUAUUCAUGGAAAUGUCCGCCUGGCCCAAAUGGCUCAUUCGUUACAAAAUCCAACCAACCGUUACAGUUGACAGGAAACGUUUCACAUCGUUGAUUGCGUUGAACUUAUUCAACCAAUUCUUCGUGGCCGUUCCAUUCUCCCUCUUUGGGUAUUAUUACAUCAAGACAUUUCCAGCAAGUGUUCCACCAAUCCGUGAAUUGCCGACAUCAACGCGAUUGGUUGUCGAUUUAGCAAUUAUCAUUCCCCUCCAAGAAAUCUUUGCUUAUUACGCUCACAGAAUUUUCCAUCACCGACUGCUGUACAAAUGGACUCACAAGGUGCACCAUGAAUGGACGGCUCCAAUCGCCCUGACCGCCUCUUAUAAUCACCCGUUAGACCAUCUGAUUGUCAACAUUUUACCGACUACUGUGGGCCUCUUUUUGACCAAUGCCCAUUUUUUCACCACUUGGAUUUGGUUGACAUGGGCGACUUUAAGGGCUCUGUCAGAUCACAGCGGCUACAAUGUGUUGACAUUUCUACUUCCAAGACGUCACGAUUUCCAUCACCAGAAAUUCACAGAUUGUUUCGGGGUUUGGGGUCCCCUCGAUUACCUGCACGAUACCGAAAAGCUCUUCCAAGCGAAUUUAGCUUCAUUGAAAGCCAAGAAAAAAUCGGAUUAAUUUGUUUUUCUUUUUUCUUUGUUUUAAGUUUUAUUGUUGCAUCAUUAAUUGAUGAUGCACCAUUGCACAACACAAAAUUUUGGUAUUUGGUCAAAUAAAACAGCGAAACAAAUUAAAUCCACAAAA